ACCACUCCAAGAGUCACCACACCAAGAGUCACCACACCAAGAGUCACCACGCCAAGAGUCACCACACCAAGAGUCACCACACCAAGAGUCACAAUACCUGGGCUAACGAUGCACGCAACAUUGUUUAUUGUCAUUUUUUCUCUUGCAGUUCUAUGUGGUGUAAAUGCCGUGACAUGCCCGGUCUGUUCAGACCCGUAUGACCACACGACAUGCACGGGGACACAGGACUGUCAGCAGGGACAUGAGGUGUGUGAGAUGAGAGUGGACACAGGAGACAGAAACAAACUUGAAUACCACUGUGCUCAUACUCAGCAAUGUCAGGACCAGGAGGACAAAGGCUGUGACGCAGCCAAUAGACAACACUGUAUCUACUGCUGUAUUGAGCCAGCGCCGUGCAAAGUUCUUAGGGACAAUCUAUUCAUGAAUACAUUCACACCAAGUCCAUAACUAAAUCAACAGCUAUAGACCGAGUGAUUUCUCUAAGGACGAAACAUGGCAACGCUCAACUUUAAGAUUGAACCUUACCUCAGUCUUUAUUAAAAGGAUAAGCUUAGUAAGCGAACUACUCAAUAAAACUUUUAAAACUAAA